AUUCCUAACUAUAAUAACAUAUAUUUGGGAAAGGAGAGAUUGAGUUAAAAUAUUCAAAGGGCCUUGAUUUUUCCAUAAAAAGAUAAAAGUUUUUAUUAAGGCUCACCACAACCUCCGCCUCCUGGGUUCAAGUGAUUCUCCUGCCUCAGCCUUCCAAGUAGCUGGAAUUACAGGCAUGUGCCACUAUGCCCGGCUAAUUUUGUAUUUUUAGUAGAGAUGGGGUUUCUACUCUGGUCUUGAACCCCUGACCUCAGGUGAUCCGCCCACCUUGGCCUCCCAAAGUGUUACGAUUAUGGGCGUGAGCCACUGUGCCUGGUUCAGUUCUAAUCUUUUCUUAGAACUCCAUGCUGGCAUAUAACUAGUACCUACCACAUAAAGUGUGUUCAGCUCAUAUAACAUAUCUCAUUCUUUAUAAUUAUAAUCUCUAUAGUGACCACAGAGUAUUUCAUAAUAUGGGUAUACCACAUUUAUUUAACUACUUUCUUUCUGAAGGGCUUUUCUAGAACACUGUUUAGGCUGCCCCUGUAGGCUGAAAAUUCUAUGAGGUGAGAGAUCUUGUCUGUCUUCUAAGACAGUACCUGCUGUUCAAUAGUUCAUUGGGUUGCUUUUCCAGAUUAACUUUCCUGUAAGAAAAAAGAAUGCCGGCCGGGCGUGGUGGCUCACGCCUGUAAUCCCAGCACAUUGUGAGGCUGAGGUGGGUGGAUCAUGAGGUAAAGAGAUCUAGACCAUCCUGGCCAAGAUGAUGAAACCCCGUCUCUACUAAAAGUACAAAAAUUAGCUGGGUGUGGUGGGACGCGCCUGUAGUCGCAGAUACUUCGGAAGCUGAGGCAGGAGAAUUGCUUGAACCCAGGAGGUGGAGGUUACAGUGAACCGAGAUCAUGCCACUGCACUCCAGCCUGGUGAAAAAGUGAGACUCUGUCUCAAAAAGGAAGAAGAAUGCUUUGGCCAGUUUUAUUAAUCUUUGUUAUAGCAUGAAUUGAUUCCUUGUACAUUUUUUUGUUUAGUGAAUUAGCCUUGGAGAAUCCAGUCACGUCUGGAUGACCUGACAGAAUAAAUGUUCCAGACUUUGAAAAUGAGACUGUAGAUUCUGGGGCAGAGUGAUCCUCUAAGAUCAUUUAAUUUCCCUCUCUGGCAUCUCUUUUCUGUCCCAGUGCAAUAGCAGCUAGGAAAUGUGUCAAGCCUUAGAUUUAGGAAACCGUAUGUCUCAAAUGUUCUGAGAGUACCUACUUAAAAUAUCCUAGCUUUCUUUAGUUUACUUGAUCUUGUAUUCUAGUUUGUGGUUUGGGACAUUUAACUCCAUACCUGGACUUCUAGGGAGUGACUGGCUCUAGAGAAAAUGCUUGCAGGGCAGAACAGGCCACUUAGAAGACCUGCAUCUUUGAAACCUUGCCUCUAUACUCCCUACUUAAUGACAAGCUGUCUAGCCCAAUCCUAGAGGAGUCAUAAAGGAGUUCUUCCCCGAGUUUGGCUGUCAGAGCAGAGCCUAUGGACAGCUGCAGGAAGGGGCAGCAGAUGCUACUUUGGGUGUGUCUCAAAGAAGAGACCUAAGCAGCUGACUGCAUGCUGUCAGAUUUACCUUGGAAAGCCCAUUGUGAUAGCACAUGAAGUCACAGCCUGGAGGCAGAAAACUCUUCAGCUGAGGAGCAUAUGGUUGAAAAAUGGCACCAAUUUGGGGGAUGGACAUCCCACUGCCGUCAUGUAUCAACCUUUUAUUAUUAUUUGUUUUUUUUAUUUUGGGGCUUUGGAUGCUGUUUUCUGGGACUCAGAGCUGGAAGCAGGUGCCAGCCAAGAUAAACUCAGAGACUUCAAAGCACCAUAGAUGGAAAAAGAUCCAGAAAUUAACAGAUCCACAGAGGAAAGAAACCCUCAGGAUGGCUUGCAGUGAAGCUAGCCUGACGUGUGUUUCAGGACUCCCUGGGGACAGGACCCAGGAAAAUACACUCUGGUCAAUGAUGCGGACUCUUCGACAGAUCUUCAAACACAUGGAAAGCACAAGAUCAAGGCUUAUGGAACAGGAUUUGCCGGAACUGUAGGAUACAAUUUCUUCCUCUACCUCCUCUGUUCUUGUAGAACAGAAGACUGUUCUAUGCUGUUGUGACUAUAAGAGAGCAAAACAUUCUACUGACCACAGCAUCUCCUUUAGAUCAUCAUGCAGUAACUCUAGUUGUUCUGAGGAAUGCUAGAGCCAUAGUUUACCUAUUUCCCACAAAAGGCAGUCAUCUGUGUUCGAGAACCAAGGCACAACCCUGCCUCCUUUUCGGCUAUCAGAGCCCCAGAAAUCAAAACUUUUUCAGAAUUUGACAGAUCUUUCACCCUUACAAUCUCAGAGCCCUUUUAUCAACUCUAUUUCUGAGCCUCUAAAUAUCUGGAAACAAAAAAGGAAAAAAAAUGAGAGAAGGAGCAAGAGUCAUUUGACAUCAGAUCACUAGCUGAAUUCUGUUUCCAAGGAGAGACCACGACUCCCAAGGUGGGCUCCAUUCAAGCUCUCUCCUUCGGUUAGAAGGGAGCUAAAAAGACAUAUAUCUGAGAAGGGUUUCUCUUUGCAGCAACAAAUGGUACCUUUACCUGUGAGGAAAUCAUGGGCGAUGCUCAAUUAUUUAACUGAAGUACAAAGAGGAGUCGCUGAAUCAAAUAAACUCCAAACUCAGUUAUCUAUGCCCAUUCAUCAAAACACUGAGCAAAACAUUAACAAAAGUUUCCCAGACCUUCCAUCAUUUCCACUUCAUGUGAAUGCUGAAGUGGGAUCUGGAACAAAUAGCACAGAAACAAAACUUUCACAGUCACUUAUCUCAGGAAAGCAGUUACAACCUGGGGAUGGCCCCCAAAUCCUUGGAUCCAAGCCUUUAGUUACAUCAGUGGGCACUCUACCUCCAAGAAGUUUAGGAAUUAAUGUAAUUCAAGAGGAAACCGCUUUACUGAAGGAAGAGCCAAAACACAUACUAGAGCUUAGUAUAGAGAAGAGGGUCAUAGGUUUUCCAGAAAAAAGUAUACAGCAGCACAAGACACAAGUGACUAAUGUGGACGUGGCACCAAGUCUACCAUAUCAAGUCAAGGACAGCAUAAAGGUAACUCCAUUGGCAUUAUUUCAGGUCAUAGAUUCAAUGGGGAUGAUCCCAGAAUCAUAUUCAGAAUCUGUGGGUUUGUCCCCAGAGCUGCCAAGUCAAGUUGUGAAACCAAUGGAAACUAUGAAAACAAUGAGCAUACCACCAAAUCAAGUCAUUCAGUCAAUGGAGGCAGCAAAGCACCAAGUUGUGGAAUCAGAGAGGAUGACCAUGAGAUUACUGAAUCAAGUCACAGAUAAUGAGAAAGUAACUCCUAUAGCACUGCUUCAAGUUAUGGAUUCUAUGGGGAUGAUUAACAAAUCACAUCCACACAUAGAAUUAGUGGGAACGACUCCAACACCACAACAUCAAGCCAUAGAGUCAGUGAAGAUGAACACAAUAUUGAACCAUCAAGUCACAAAACCAGAAAAGAUGAAUCUAAGCCCACAACGUGCAGUUAUGGAAACCGUGGAGAUGAUGCCAGGGCCACAGCAUAAAGUCAUGGAAUCAGUUGACAUGACCUCAGGAUCACAAAGUCAAGUCAUGGAACAAGGAAAGACUAUUCCAGGGCCAAUAUGUCAAGGCACAAAAUCAUCAGAAGUGAUCUCAGCACCAUUACAUCAAGUCAUGCAUCGUGUGAGAGUAACUCCAGUAGCACCAUUACAAGCCAUGGAUUCCACGGGGAUAAUUCCACCAGCACAGCCAUAUGUUACAGAAUCUAGGAGUUUGACCUCAGGUUCACAGUUGCAAGGCAGAAGAUCUUUUCAUCUGGUCCUACCACGAUUUCAAGAUAUAAACACUGUGGAGUUGACACUAAGACCACCAAUGGAAGACACAAAAUCUGCAGAGUUGGCCCCAAAGCCAUGGUUACAAGAUGUCAGAUCUGAGAAGAUAGCCCCAGUACUAUUGUUUGAAGAUGUGAAAACUCCUCAAAUGUUAGAAUGUAGGAGGUUAAUUCCUGAGACACAUGUGCAAGGUAUGAAAUAUGAAGAAUUGACCAAAGGGACACAACUUCAGGCAGUAAAAUCUGCAGAGAUGAGCUCCAAACCAAAUCACCAAGCCACAGAGCCUGAAAGAUUGACCCCAUGGCAUCAAGCCUCAGAUUCUUUAGAGAUGAUCUCAGAGCUAGGAUCUUAAGGAAAAGAAGCAAAGUUGACCUCUGACACUCGUCACCAAGUGGAAAAAUCUAUUGGGUUGACCCAACCAUCUUUAGGAACUAUCCCAGGGCCACUGAGCCAAACUUCAGAAUCUGUGGAGAUGAGCUCAGUGUCAUUCUAAGACACUCUUGAGACAAUGCACCAACUUGGAAAAGCAAUGGGGGAAACUCCAGUAUCACAACACACAACAAAAGAAUCUCUGGAUUUGAUACAAGAAUCAGAGAUACAAAGUGUGAAAUCAGAAGUGUUGACCACAGAGCCACAGCCCCAUGAUAUGAAGUUUGUUCAUGGCAAUCUAGGGCCAUGCUCAGAAAUUACUGAGUUGUCAGAGACACCCCCCACCUCAGAACAUAAAGACACAGAAACUCUGGGGUUGGCAUUGCCUCAAGUUGGUAAGACCCAUGGAGUUUUCCCACUACCACUAGAUUCAGAAACAGGAGUUCUGGAGUUGACUCCAGGAUCAGACAUACAAUACGAGAAAUCAGAGCCACUACUGCAAAAUUUGAAAUCUGCAGAGUUAACCAGUGAGUCAUCUCCAUUAGUCAUAGGAUCUAAAAAGUUAAUUACAGAACCAAAACCACAUGUUACAGACCUGAACCCAGGGCCACAGGUCCAGGGAGGAAAGUCUAUGCAGUUGGAUCUAGAGUCACAGUUGCAAGAUGUGAAACAUGUGAAUUUAAUCCAACAGUCAACUACAGGAGUUGAUACCGGAGAGGAGAUGAUAUCGGAGCUACCGCUACAAAGUAUGCCAUUGGAGGAUUUGACUAAGAAGGCAGAGCUCCAAGAUGUAAACUCUGUGGAUUUAAAUCUAGGCCCAUGUCAGACAAGUGUCAAAUCUUCUGGACUGACCCCAGGGCCACAGUCACAAAGUGUCAGAUUUUCAAAGGUAUUUCCAGGGCCACUCCUUCAAGGAGAAAAACCUGUAGAUUUAAUCUCACAACCCCUACAUUAUGGUGCAAAAUCGGAUGAACUGACCUCGGAUUCCCCAGUUCAGUACAUCAAAUCAUCAGAUUUCAUCCCAGACCUAACACCUCAAAGUGUCAAAUUUGUACAGCUGACUCCAGAAACACAACCUCAAGGUGUGAAAUUUGUGGAGCUAAACCCAGGACUAGGCUUGCAAGAUGUCAAAUUUUCUGAUUCGAUCCCAGGGUCAAAGCACCAAGGUUUCAAACAUGUGCAGAUGACACCAGGAACUCAGCCUGAAGAUAUAAAGUCUCCAGGUUUUAUGCCACAGUCGUCUUUGCAGUUAAGCCAAGGGCCACAUGUUGAAGACAUGAAAUCUGUUCUGUCUGCUGAAGGAUCACAGUUUCACAGGAUGAAAUCUGCAAAACUGACCUCAGAACUACCAGUUCAAAGUGCAAAAUCUGAGGAAGUAAACCUAGGGCCUUGGCAGCAAAAUCUCAAAUUUUCUGAAUUGACUUCAAGGCCAAAGCUGCAAGGUGUCACAUUUGGGGAUCAAACUGCAGGAUCAGUGGUUCAUAGUGUGAAUUCUGUAGAGGUGGUUCCAGAGUUAGGGCUGCAAGAUUCCACAUUAGCAAAGAUGUCUCAAGGAACUCAAAGCAUGAAACAGGAAGGGCUUAACCCAGAGCUGCAGCUACGAGAUGUCAAAAUUUUUGAUUUAGUACCAGGAACUCAACCUCAGGGUGUGAAAUCUUUAGAGUUAAACUCAGGGCCACAGCUACAAUGUGUACAAUUUUUAGAGUUGACCCCAGGGCCAAAGAUGCAAGGGGUACCGCCUAUGGCAAUGGCUCCAGGGCCAGAGGGGCAAGGGGUUAAUCCUCAGUUGUUAGUACCAGAGCCACUGUUUCAAGAUGUAAAAUAUGUAGUAGGCAAUCAAGUGCCAAGCCUUAAAGCUGACGUUUCCAGUAAAUUAAUCUCAGAGCCACAAAUGCCAGAUGCAGAAUCCAUGGGGUUGACUCCAGGACCACAGCUGCCCCGUGUAAAUCAUUCUGAGUUAACCAGAAAACCACAGUUACAAGAUAGGAUAUCUUCUGGAUUGACACAAGGACCACAGUUCCAAGACGUAAAUCCUGUGGGAGAGCCUAGUCUUAAACUUCAAGGUUUCAAAUAUGAAAAGCUAACCCCAGAGCCACAGCUAGAAGAUAUGAAAUCUGUGGAAUUAGUCCCUGCCCAUUUGAGAGAUAUGAAAAGUAGGCAGUUAACACCAGAGCCAGAAUUGGAAGAUGUCAAAUCUAUCAGGUUAACCCCAGAGCCACAGGCAAGAGGUGUAAAACUUGAGGAGGUAACCCCAGGCUCAAAGCUCCGAUCUGAGUUACUGACCUCAUAGUCACAGUUAGAAGAUAUGAAAUCUGUGACCUUAACUCCAGGACCAUGCCUGGAAGGGAUGAAAUCUAUGAAAAUAACUCCAAAUCCACAGCGGGAAGGUGGGAAAUCUGUGGUGAUAAGCUUAAAAUCACAGAGAGAAGAUGUCAGAGCUGUGGAAUUCAUCCCUGAUUCGGAGCUUCAAGAUGUAAAAUCUGCGGAGUUGGUUCCAGAUACACAGCUGCAUGAUAUGAAAGCUGUGAAAUUAAAAUUUGGGCCAAAGAUGCAAGGUGAGAGGCCUAUGGUUUUUGCACCAGAGCCAUUGCCUCAAGGGGUUAAAUCUAUGGAGAUGCUUCAAAGGCCACAGCUACAAAGCAUGAAACCUGAGGAACUGACUUCAGUCCCACAAAUGCAAGAUACGAAAUUUGUGGAGAUUACUCCAUGUUUAAAGCUUCAAAGUUUAAAAUCUAUAAAGGAGACUCAAGAUCCACAUCUGCAAUGUGUAAAAUCUGUAAACUUUGCCUCAAGGCAGAAAAGACUGGUAGUAAAACCUGUGAAUGUAACCAGAGGACAAGAGUUUGAAGAAGUAAAACCUGUGGAUUUAACCCUUGAGCCAGAACAGGAUGGUCAGAAAUCUGUAAACUCACUAGAGCAGCAAUGUGUGAAUUUUGAGCAAGUAAAGAGAGGGUCUGAGUCAGAAGGUAUAAUGUCUUUGGAGUUAAUUCCAGAGUCAAAAUCUGAAGGUAUAAAAUCUGUAGACCUCAAGUCUGACCCACAGUCAAAAGGUAGAAAAGCAUCUGAGUUGACUCCAGAACCAAAUAUGCAAGAUGUAAAAGCUGAAGAGUUCAAACAUGAACCACAGUUGCAAAGUCUGAAAUCUCCCAAGUUGACUCCAGGACCACAGUUGCACCAAGCGAAACCUUUGGGCUCAACUGCAAAGCCACAGCUUCAAAGUGUGAAAAUCAUGGAGUUAAACAAAGAGCCAGAGCUUGGAAGAAGAAAAUCUGUUCAGUGGAUAACAAGACCUGAGUUCCAAGGUGUAAAAUCCGUAGGAUUAAAUCUUGGGCCACAAUCUCGAAGUGUCAAAUCUGCAGUGUUGAAACUUUCCUUACAGUUGGGAGAUAUGGUAACAUCUAAAUUGGUUCUAGCACCAAAACUUCAAGGUGCAAAACCUAUGGAGUUUAACCUUGGGGCACAGUUGCAGUGUGUAAAAGCCCCUGAGUUGUCUGCUGGACCACAAUUACGAAAAGGGAAAAUUUUGGCUUCAGGCUCAGAGCCACAAGUUCAAGGUGUGAAAACUGUGGAGUUAAACCAAGACUCACAGCUUGGAAGUGUGAAAUCAGUGCAGUGGAUACCAGGACCUGAGUUCCAAGGUGUGAAACCUACAGGGUUAAAUCUUGGUUCACAAUCUCAAGUUGUCAAACCUGCAGAGUUGAAAUCUUCCAUAGAGUCAGGAGGUGUAAAGUCAUCUCAACUGCCUCUAGGGCCAAAACUUCAAAGUGCAACAUCUAUGGAGUUUAACCUCGGGUCACAGGUGCACUGUGUGAAAGCUGCUGAGUUGUCUCAAGGACCACAGCUGCAAAAAAGGAAAAGUCCAGCAUCAAGCCCAGAGCCACAGCUUCAAGGUGUGAAAACUGUGGCGUUAAACCAAGACUCACGGCUUGGAAGUGCAAAAUCUGUGCAGUGCAUACCAGGUCCUGAGUUCCAAGAUGGAAAAACUGGAGGGCUGAAUCUUGGUUCACAAUCUCGAGGUGUCAAACCUGCAGAGUUGAAAUGCUUUGUAGAGUCAAGAGGUGUAAAAUCAUCUGAAUUGAUUCUAGGGCCAAAAAUUCGAAGUGCAAAACCUGUGGAGUUUAACUAUGGGCCACGGUUGCAAUUUGUGAAAACUCCUAAGUUGUCCCAAGGACCACAGUUGCCGAAAGGGAAAAUUCUGGCAUCAACCUCAGAGCCACAGCUUAAGGGGGUAAAAACUGUGGCGUUAAACCAAGACUCACAGCUUGGAAGUGUGAAAUCUGUGCAGUGGAUACCAGUACCUGAGUUCCAAGGUAUGAAAGCUAUGCUAAAAUGUGGUUCACAAUCUCAAGCUGUCACACCUGUAGAACUGAAAACUUCAAUACAACUAAGAGAUGUGAAGUCAUCUGAGUUGACUCCAAGGCCAAAGCUCCACAGUGUACCACCUUUGACAUCACUCCAGAAACAUCAGGUGCCAGUGUUCAAAACUAUUGAUUUGAAAUCUGGGUUACAGUUGAGAAGUGUGAAAUCAUGUGGCCCAAUUUCAACAUCAAACUGUGAUAUAAAAUCUAUGGCAUUCAAACCUGGGCUUCAUUUGCAAGAUGUGAAAUUCUUAAUCUCAGGAACAAGGCUUCAAAGUAUGAAAUCAAUGUGUUUCAGUUCUGGACAACAGAUACAAGGUGAAAAAUCUUCUGAGUUGAUUCAGGGAACAAACUAUCAAGAUGUAAAAUCUGUAGAAUACAACCAUGGUCCAAAGUUACAAGGUGUGGCAUCAUCUCAGUUAACCCCAGAGACAAAGCUUCAAGGUGGGGAAUCUGUGGAGUUCAACUCAGGCCCACAGUGGCAAGAUGUGAAAUAUCGUAACUCAAUCAAGGGGACAGAGCUUCAAGAUGUAAAAUCUAAGGAGUUCAGUUCUGAAUCACAAUUACAAGGUACGAAAUCUUCUGAAGAGAUCCCAGUGACAAAGCUUCAAACAGUGAAAUCUGUGGGGCUCAUGCCUAGGCCAGUGCAGCAAGAUGUAAAAUCUUUUGAAUUGUCUCUAGGUACAAAGGUACAGGAUAGGACUUCGUUGGGGUUAAACUCAACCUCACAGUUACAAGAUAGAAAAUUAUUUAUGUCGACACCAGGGAUACAACAUCAAGGUGUGAAAUCUGUAGAAUUCAAUCCUGGGGCAAAGUUGCAAGAUAUGAUAUCUGGGUUGAUAAAGCUUCAGACAGUGAACUCUACAGAAGGCAACCAUGACCCAGAAUUGCAAGUUGCACAACUCUCUAAGUUGGCCUUGGGAUCAAAGAUUCACAGUGUGGCACCUUCUGAGUUCAAUACUGAAAAGCAGCAGCAAGAUGAGAAAUUUCAUAUAUUGAAUCUGUGGCCAGACCUUCAAAGUGUUAAAUCUACGGGGUUCGAUCCUGGGCCACAUUUGCAAUAUAGGAAACCUUCAGAAUUAUGUAAAGGGACAAAGCUUCAAGAUGUAAAAUCUAUGGAAUUCAAUCUUCAGGAACAGUUUCAAGGUGUGAAAUCUGAGUUGCACUUUGGAACAAGGCUUCAAGGUAUACAAUCUUUAGAUUUCAACCCUGGGCCACAGUUGCAAGGAAUAAACUCUGCCAAGUUUAAUCCUGGGCCUGAGCUUCAAGGUAUGAAAUCUAAGGUGUUCUGCCUUGGACCACAUUUGCAAGAUGUGAAUUCUUCCGCAUCCAUUCCAGAGCCACCACCUCAGUGUGCAAAUUCUAUUGCGUGCAACUGUGGGCCAUGUUUGCAAGGUGUAAAUUCUUCUGCAUCUAUUCCAGGCCCUAAACUUCAGUGUGUAAGUUCUAAUGGGUUCAACUUUGGGUCAAACUUGCAAGGUAUUAAUUAUUCUGCAUCCAUUCCAAAGCCACCACUUCAGGGUAUAAAUUCUAUUGAGUAUAGUUCUAGGCCAGAUCCACAAAGUGUGAAUUCUUCCACAUCCAUUCUAAGGCCCAAACUUCAGUGUGUUAAUCCUAAUGGGUGCAACCCUGGGUCAUAUUUGCAAGGUAUGAAUUCUUCUGCAUUCACUCCAGAGCCACCACUUCCGUGUGUAAAUUUUAAUGGGUGCAAUCCUGGGCUGCACUUGCAAGGUGUAAAUUCCUCCGCACCCAUUCCAGGGCCAAAACUUCAGUGUGCAAAUUCUAUUGGGUGCAGCCCAGGGCCACAUUUGCAAGGUGUGAAUUCUGCAUUAAUGCCACAGCCACAAGCUCUGUGUGUAAAUUCUAUUGGGUGCAACACAGAGCCAUAUUUACAAGGUAUGAAAUCUCCUGAAUUAACUUCAGUUUCAAAACUUCAAGGCAUGAAGUGUUCUGAAUUGAACCCAGGGACAGAAAUUCAAAGCAAGACAUCUUUAAUGGUCAACCUUAGACCACAUUUGCAAGAUUUAGAAUCUGAUUUGACACCAGGGUCAAAGUUUCUACGUGUAGCACCUUUGGAAUGCAACUCUGGGCCACAGGUGCAGUGUGCAAGUUCUUCUCAGUUGAAUCCAGGGCUAAAGUUACGAUGCGUAAAUUCUAUGGAGUGCGAACUUGAGCCACACUUGCAAGGUGUAAAAUCAGGGUCAGAAUUUCAAGUUAUGAAAUCUGAGUUGCAUCCAGGGCCAGAGCUUCACAGUAUAAAAUCUGUUAUGUUCAGCUCUGCUCAACAUUUACAAGAUGUAAAAUGUGAACUGACUUCAGGGACAAAAUUUCAAGAUAUAACACCAAAGGAGUUCCACUCUGGCCCACAGCUGCAAGGUAUGAAUUCUUCUGAGUUGAAUUCAGAGUCAGAAUUUCAAUGCAUAAAUUCUAUCAAUUUGAAUCCAGGGCCACAGAUACGAGACAUGAAGCCCUCUGAAUUGAACCCUGGGUCAGAAUCUCAAGGUACGAAAUCUAUUCUGUUCAAUCCCAGACCACACUUGCAAGGUGUGAAAUCUUCUGAGUUAACUCCAGGGACUAAGUUUCAAGGAGUCCAAUUUUGGGGGAAGCACCUUGGCUCACAGCAAGCUGUGCAACCUGCAUUCAAUUUGGGUCCUCAGAUAAAUGGUACAAAAUCUGAGGUAUUUUUACCAGAGCCACUGCUUAAAGUUGUAAAAUCUGUGGACAUAAAUAAGCAGCCAUUGCUUUAUGAUGCAAAUUCUGCAAAAAUGAUUUCAGCCUCUGAGCUACUGGGCUUAAAAUAUGAGGUAUUUACGCUAGAGCCAUGUUUCCAAAAGGCAAAAUCUGUGGAGCUAAAACCAGAACCAUAUCCUCAAGGUAUGAAAUCCGUGGAGUUAAAACCAGAACCAUAUCCUCAAGGUGUGAAAUCUGUGGAGUUAAAACCAGAACCAUAUCCUCAAGGUGUGAAAUCCGUGGAGUUAAAACCAGAACCAUAUCCUCAAGGUGUGAAAUCCGUGGAGUUAAAACCAGAACCAUAUCCUCAAGGUGUGAAAUCCGUGGAGUUAAAACCAGAACCAUAUCCUCAAGGUGUGAAAUCCGUGGAGUUAAAACCAGAACCAUAUCCUCAAGGUGUGAAAUCCGUGGAGUUAAAACCAGAACCAUAUCCUCAAGGUAUGAAAUCCGUGGAGUUAAAAUCAGAACCAUAUCCUGAAGGUAUGAAUUCUGAGGAGUUGCAUUCACACCUCAGGCAGCAUAAUGUAAGAUCUAUGCUAUUUGUAUCAGAGCCACUUUCUUGAGAUGUGAAAUCUGUGAAGCCAACUCUAUGGCCACAACCUCAAAGUGUAAAUUCUUUGACAUCAUGCUUUAGGUCACAAUGCAUUAAAUCUGUGGCCUUUGCACCGAAGCUAUGUUUUCAAGAUGUAAAACCUAUGGAGCUGACGCCAGGGGCCCAACAGCAAGGUAUAAAUUAUCAGGAGUUGACUUCAGGAUGGCAAGAUGUGAAAUCAAUGGUGUUGGCACCAGAGCCAACUAGGAAGUUCUCAUCAGGACCAAUGUUGGCUAGUGUCAGAUUUUCAAAUUUGUCUCCAGAAUCACAGCAUCAAGCCAUGAAAUCUUUGGAGUUUACUCUAGAGUCAAAGUUGCAAAGUGUAAAACAUGUGAAAUUGUCUUCAGUGUCUCUGCAGCAAGAAAAAGUUGUUCAGCCUGAGAAAGCGACCCCUGGACCACCAUUUCAAGUUGUAAAGUCUAUGACAACGCCAAGGCCCACCCCUCAAGUGGUACAAUAUAUUGAGUUGACUCCAAAACUACAAGAUGUGCAACCUUCAGAGCUGCCCUCAGGGCCAUGGUUACAAGAUAUGAAAUCUAAGAAAUUAAUCACAAAGCCAAAACACCAGAUUAUAGAAACAAGGGAGUUGACAGGGUUUCAAAUUGUAAAAAUAAUGUUAAUCCCAGGGCCACCCCUUCAGAUUGUAAAAUCUGAGGAAUUAGCACUAGGACCAAUUCCUCAGGUUGUAGAACCAGUAGGAGUAGCUCUAGAAUCAGGAAUUGAAGCAAUAAAUUCUGUGAAUUUACCGAGGCCACAUCUUCAAGAACUAAUAGUACCUGUAGAAUCAACUAUAAGGCCACAUAUUCAAGUGAAAUCUGAAGAAUUAACCUCACAGCAGACAUCUCCAUUUAAGGAACAUACAAUAUUGACUCAUCAACAAGGACUUCAGGCUGUGAAAUUUACAGUGAUUAACAGAGCCUCUAAACUUAUGGAAUCUGAGGAUUUGAAUCUAGGACAGGUGUGUAAGAAUACGGACUAUGAGAAGUUAACGUCGGAAGAGUUACAAGUGGGGACUCACUUCUCUAGGUUCCUACAAAGCUCUUCAACCUCACUUAUUUCAAGCUCUGUUAACGCAUCUGAAUUAGGAGGAUUUUGGGAUUCUGGGAUACAAAAAGUCAGAGCUUUGGAUGUAAAAAACCUUGGGACAGAUAUUUUUCAGCAUGAAGAGACCUAUCUAGACCCUAUUAUGAUGCAAUCUUUAACUCUUCCCUUGGCCCUUCAUAAUCAAAGCUCUGUUAAGACAGCUUACAUUGUGGAAAACCCAUGUCCUGAGAUUCCAGGAGUGGAUGUCAUAUCUAAACAGACAACUAAGAGGAAUCAAUUGGAGGAGCUAGAGAACUCACUUCAGAGACAUCAAUCACAAAGCUGGAGAUCACUAUCUAGGACAUUCCAGGCAGAAUCAGGGGUUCAGAAAUCCCUCAUCAAGUCUCUCCUGGGCAGACGACCCAACAUCUGGGAGAGUCAUGCCUGGAGGCAGUGACUACCAAGAAAAUAUCUCUCCACUAUGCUUACCCUGGGGAAUGUUUUAGGGACCACUAUGGAAAGGAAGCUUUGUUCUCAAACAUCUCUAGCAGGAAAAGCCACUGCAGAUACCUGUCAGUCCAUUCAGAAUUUAUUUGGGAUUCCAGCUGAACUGAUGGAAGCUUCCCAGAUGCUGCCAGAGAAGGGUCCAGUUACUAUUUUUCAGCCUUCAGUGGUCAAACACUACAUUCAGAGCCAUAGGUCAAUGGCCUUAAAAAUGUGGACAUGUGUCUCCACAUCUUCCAUAAUACAGCAAUUCUCUGGGAAGAGAGUGGGAAUAAAGAAAACAAACUCAGGGUUCAGUGGUAUAUCCCAGGAAGCCAUUCAGCAUAUGCCUGUCGCAUGUGCAGGGGGCCAGCUUCCUGUCCUGGUAAAGUCAGAGUCUUCCAUCAGCAUAUUUUACAACAGAGAAGAUCUUGUUCCAAUGGAAGUAAGUGAGAACGCACAGAGUGAUUCCCAAACGAGGAUUUUUGAGUCCCAACACUCCCACAAGACAAAUGACGUUUCCCAGAGUGACUUCUCAGAACAGCUCCAGUUGCUACAAGAUUUGCAGCUAAAAAUAGCAACAAAACUCUUAAGGAGUCAAAUACCCCCCAGUGUACCUCCACCUCUAGCUUCAGGUCUAGUCCUAAAGUACCCCAUCUGCCUACAGUGUGGCCAAUGUUCAGGAUUUAACUGCCAUCAUAAAUUACAGACCACUUUGGGGACUUAUCUUCUGAUCUAUCCACAGCUCCACCUUGUACGCACUCCUGAAGGCCAUGGUGAGAUUCGAGUGUACCUUGGCUUUAGGCUGCAAACUAGGAAAAGACCCCAAAUCUCAAAGUAUCAUGAGAGAGUUAGACCCGUCAUAUGGGGAAGACCUAUGUCACCAUCACAAAGGAAAGCUAAACUCCAUACUCAAGCUUCUAAGAGUCCUACUUCCACAAUAGAUUUGCAGUCUGGGUCCUCCCAGACCCCUGCUCCUGUACAGGUCUACCUCAGGUGAAGACAACGCAGCAGCCCUGACCUAGUAGAAAAGACAAUAAUUAGAGCACCUAGACGCUAUGAAUCCAUUCAGGUUCACACCCUAUCAGAGAGUGACUCUGAAAUCACUCAGAAUGAGAAACGGGCUAAAGUGAGAACCAAAAAGACCUCUGGUUCAAAAUAUCCAAUGAAGAGAAUGACCAAGGGCCUUAGAAAACACAGAAAGUUCUACACAAGCAGUAGAACCACAAAAGAGAGACCCUCUAGGGAAUUACCAGCCCAUUUAAGAAGGAAGACGAUUGGAGCAGCUCAGACAAGUACUGCCUCCUUGAAAACACAACCUAAGAAACCUUCCCAACCCAAGUUCAUGCAACUGCUUUUUCAGGGCCUACAGCGGGCAUUCCAAACAGCAUACAGAGUUAUAGCUUUUGCUGGGCAGAAGCCUGUGGACAGGACAAUCCCAGACAAUGUGUGGGCAAGCAAAAACUAUUAUCUGAAACAAAAUGCCAGGGACUAUUGCAUACCCAGAAAUCACAAAAGAGACAGGAGGUCAGCUGACAAGCUAAGGUCAGCAGACUCGACCAUUAAGCAGGAGGACAUAUUGUGGGAAGGAACAGACCAGUGCAGAUCAGCUCAACAGCCAAGAAGAGCUCACCGUUUCCAACCCAGACCUCUUCGACUGCCCAAGCCCACAGACUUCCAAAGUGACAUCACUUUCCAAGCUGCCUCAGUGGAGCAGCUUCUGGGAACUGUCCAAAAGGAUAGUAGUAGCAGAUCAAAGAAAAAUGAAAUCUCCAGCCAGGAGUCUAAGAACUUGCCCACACCAGGAACCAGAGUUCAGGCCCAAGGAAGACUCCUACCUGGUUCCCCUGUGAAGAGAACCUGGCACCGACCCCUUAAAAAGAAACUCACAAACAAGGAGCAAAACCACCCCAGCUUCUAUAGGGACAGAACCCCACAUGGUCCUGAGAGAACCGGUCAUAAUCGCUGUUGGAGAAACCACUGUAGUCCCUCUGAGAGACACCAUUGCAGCCCCUCUCGGAGAAAUCACAGUCCCCUGGAGAGGAGACAUUACAGUCUCCCUGAAAGGGGCCAUUGCAGUCCCUCUCAGAGAAAUCAUCACAGUCCCUCUGAGAGAAGCCACCGCAGUCCCUCGGAGAGGAGCCAUCACAGUCCUUCAGAUAGAAGAUUUUGCAGUCCCUCUUGGAGAAAUCAUCUCAGUCCCCUGGAAAGGAGCCAUCACUCUCUCUCUGAAAGGAGCCAUGGCAGACCCUCUCACAUAAAUCAUCACAGUUCCUCUGAGAGGAGCCGUCACAGUCCCUCAGGUAGAAGAUUUAGCAGUCCCUCUCAGAGAAAUCAUCGCAGUCCCUCUCAGAGAAAUCAUCAUAGUCCCCUGGAAAGGAGUUGUCACAGUCUCUCUAAAAUGGGCUAUCACAGUCCCUCUGAGAGGAGCCAUCAGAGUUCCUCUGAGAGAAGCCAUUGCAGUCCCUCUCAGAGAAGCCAUCAUCGUCCCUCUGAAAGAACCCAUCACAGUCUCUCUGAGAGGAGCCAACGUAGUCCCUCUGAGAGGAGAUGUCACAGGUCCUCUGAGAGGAGCCACAGUAGGAUUUCUAAGAGAAGCCACAGUUCCUUAUUGAAGAGCCACCUCAGUCCCUUGGAAAGAUGCCGUUACAGUUCCUCUGAGAUGAGCCACCACAGUUCCUGUGAGAGAGCCCAUUAAAGUCCCUCUGAGAUGAGGCCAGGGAGGCCCUCUGGGAGGAGCCAUCGCAGUUCCUGGGAGAGAGUCCAUCACAGUCCCUCUGAGAUGAGGCCAGGGAGACCCUCCGGGAGAAGCCAUCGCAGUCCCCUUAAGGAGAGACUCAAGCACAGUUCCCCUGGGAAGAGGCCCAGCCCUUUCAAGAAUGGAACAAGUCUCCUUGGGACCACACACAAAAAUCCCAAAGCAGGGCAAGUGUGGAGGCCUGAAGCUACUCAAAGAGGCGAUAUCCACCCCUAUUAUUCAUCGUCUCCUUCAAGUCUUCAACGUGCUGCCCUUUCCAGCCUUUUUUCCUGUUCAGCCAUUGCCUCCAGUUCCUGCACCCCCAGCGUGGAAAGGCUUCCAUGUCUCUCUACAGGGGGUGGCGUGUGAGAUUCAUUCUCUAAUAAAGCCGCAGUAACUGAUCUCCCUGUGCAUCUAGACUGAGGCCACUGGGCAGGU